AUGGCGGCGUUGGUGGGAGAGUUUGUGUCCCGGCAAAUGGAGUUGCUAAAGGAGGAAAGAGAGGCCGAAAUUUCGGAAGCAAGAGCAUGGCAAGAAGGAAUCUCCCUGAAAGAGCUGCAACGUAGAGGAGUUUGCUUACUGAAACUCGAACUACAUUGUCAAAAAACUGGGCUAUAUGGCCAUCUGCUUGUAACUUUACAGUCUCAAAAACAUGGCUCAGACACAGAGCUACCUUCCAAUAGUUUUGGGCCUGGUGACAUAGUGGGACUUUAUGAAGCAGCUGGACAAAAUAAUCAGAUCUGCACAGGAAUUGUCACCCGGACGGCCUCCAAUUCAAUUACAAUCGCAGUUGAUGAGCCUCAGAGUAACCUUGUAAAUGUAGAUCAGGAGAAUUUGUACUAUCUGUUGAAACUUGCCAAUGAUGUUACAUAUAAUAGACUCAAAAGGGCUUUAAAUACACUUAAUCACUAUGGAUCUGGUCCAGCAUCUGAUCUUAUUGAUGUGCUGUUUUGUUCUUCUGAACCUAGUGGUGCCAGUGAUACAAGGCUUUUGAAAUUCUACAAUGAAUCCCUGGAUGCCUCCCAGAAGGAAGCUGUUUGCUUUUCAUUGGCACAGAAGGAACUUGCUAUCAUCCAUGGACCACCUGGAACUGGCAAGACAACAACUGUGGUGGAGAUAAUACUCCAAGCUGUGGAGCAAGGCUUGAAAGUUCUCUGUUGUGCUGCCUCUAAUAUUGCAGUUGAUAACUUGGUGGAAAGGAUCUCUGUUCAUAAGGUGCGGAUCCUGCGUCUUGGUCGCCCAGCUCGUCUUCUAGAGUCCAUACAGCACCAUUCGCUGGAUGCUGUCCUGUUGCGUGGAGAUAAUGCCCAGAUUGUAGCAGAUAUCCGGAAGGACAUUGAUCAAGCAUUUAUAAAAACCAGGAAGACCCAAGACAAAGGAGAGAGAAAACAUUUUUUAAAUGAAAUUAAGAUACUGAGAAAGGAACUGAAGGAACGAGAAGAAAUGGCUAUGUCUGAAACCUUGCAAAAAGCUCAUGUUAUUCUUGCAACGAACACAGGUGCUUCUUCUGAUGGUCCGUUGAAGCUUCUUCCUGAGAACCACUUUGAUCUUGUGGUGAUUGAUGAAUGUUCUCAAGCUCUUGAAGCAAGCUGUUGGAUCCCACUGCUGAAAGUUAGGAAGUGUAUCCUGGCUGGUGAUCACAAACAGCUGCCUCCCACGAUCAUCUCUCACAAGGCUGCCGCACAAGGCCUUUCUCUUAGCUUAAUGGAACGGCUGAUUCAGAAAUACGGGGACCGUGUUGUGAAGAUGCUCACUGUGCAGUACCGAAUGCACCAAGCCAUAAUGCAAUGGGCUUCCACUGAGAUGUAUGAUGGUCGCCUCUCAGCUCACUGUUCUGUCGCACAACAUUUACUGAAAGACUUGCCAGGAGUGGCCCCCACAGAAGAGACCAGUAUCCCAUUGCUGCUUAUAGAUACGGCUGAUUGUGGCUUAUUUGAACUUGAAGUGGAAGAAGAACAGUCUAGAGGAAACCCAGGCGAGAUACAGCUUAGCGGUUUGCAUAUAGAUGCUUUGAUAGAAGCUGGUGUGAAAGCCAAAGAUAUAGCUGUCAUUGCUCCUUACAAUCUUCAGGUGGACAUGCUAAGAAAACAUCUGUGUCAUAAAUAUCCAGAGCUGGAGAUUAAAUCAGUGGAUGGCUUCCAAGGAAGAGAAAAGGAGGCAGUUGUCCUUUCUUUUGUAAGAUCCAAUAGAAAAGGUGAAGUGGGAUUCCUCGCUGAAGACAGGAGAAUAAAUGUUGCAAUUACCCGUGCCCGGCGUCAUGUGGCUGUAAUCUGUGACUCUCGCACCGUUAGCAACCAUAGUUUUCUUAAACGGCUGGUAGAGUAUAUGAGCACCCACGGUGAAGUGCGCACAGCCUUUGAAUACCUGGAUGACAUUGUACCUGGAAACUACGCUUCCAAGAGUUCUAUGGGUCUCCGUGACCAGGAAAAGAGACUUAAAUGCAGCACUUCCCCAGUCCCAAAGGCUCUUGGAGAGAAACCAAAAGGAAGACCUGUCCAAAAACCUAGAGAGAGGCUAACAGAACGUUCCUUGGAAAGCACGGACAAAGUCACACCAUCAGAAACCAAAGAGGAUGAAAGCUCAUUUAAACAUAAAGCAAGAAUAUUGGAGUUUCUGGAUAGCGGUGAGGUCCAACUGGAUUUCCCUUCCUCUUUAAAUGCUCACGAUAGAAUGCUUAUUCAUCAGCUGGCUGAAGAAUUCGGGCUGCAGCACAUGAGCACAGGAGAAGGCAGCGCACGAUACAUAAGCAUUUGUAAGAAAGAUUCUCCCGCAGAAUUAUCUUUAGGAGAUACUGUGGUUUGUCAGCAUGAAUUAAUUCAGAGCUGCCCAAAAGAAAUUGAUGCAGGCAAUGAGGAAAGGGAAAGCGAAAUUGAUGCAGGCAAUGAGGAAAGGGAAAGCGGUGCUGGCCCAGGGGCCACAGAUCUGAAAACGUUGCAUGUGGAACGGAUGCAAAGGGAGAGAGCCAAGAAAGAAGAGAGAGUGAAACAAAACCGAGAAUCCAAUGUAAAUCUUCAGGAAAUAAUUGGGAAGAAAGAAAAAAAUGGAGGAAAAGCAUCUAGUAAACCCAAAAAGGAAAUUGCAGCCGAGGAAGAUUUUGAUGCUAUGAUCUCUGCCGCAAUUAAAGCUGACAACACAUGUGGUUUCUCCAAAUGCAAAGCCAGCGUAACAACUCUGGGACAACUCUGCCAGCAUUGCAACAGACGCUACUGUCUCAGCCACCAUAUCCCAGAGGUUCACGGAUGUGGGGAGAAAGCCAAAGCAAAUGCCCGGCAGAGAAUCAGCAAGGAAGGGAUUCUCUAUCCUGGGAGUGGGGUGAAGGACAAGUCCUUGGAUCCCACCAAGAGGGCUCACCUCCAAAGACGCUUGGACCAGAAACUCAACGAACUGUCCAACCAACGAAAGUGUAGAAGGAAAGAUCGGGAGAAAUAAGAGGAUUUGUCGCUUUGGAAAAGAAUUAAACCUAACAAGCUGUCCUUUAAAGCUUGUUCACAUUUGCAGGAAAAAAAGCUAAUAAAAAUUUUGACCAUUUGGGCUCAUUUUUUU